AUGUCCAACUCGGAUCCUUGCCCCUUCUGCGGCUUCAAGCCAGGCCAAGGCGAAUAUGAACUCAUUCUACACAUAGAGCAACAGCACCCAGACGCUGACGGGACACCACUCACCACCUCCCAAGAUCCUGUUCCAUGCCCAGAAGGUUGCGGUGAGAUCCUUCAGCUGGAUGAGCUAGCUUAUCAUCUUGAGCUUCACGAGCUCGAGGCGCAGGAUGCCACGCCUGAGCCUGAGCCUGAGCCUGAGCCUGAGCCGGAACAGACUCCCACCGUGGCUCGGAAGCCGGAGCCGUCAACUAGAGAGAGCUCGCGGAUGCACAAGAAAGUCAGCACUAUCCAGGCGUGGAAGGACCUCUUUUCUGGGCGUAGCUCUCAUGGUCGGGAGAGUAGCAGUAGUAGGACACGACACAAGACCAAGAGAGAGGAUGCUGGCAUUACCAAGACUUCGAGCAGAGGCUCUUCAAGUCGCGAUAAGAAUGGAGAACGGGCUAAAUCCAACGUUCGUCUGGGGAAGUCCGAUCUUGGCAGGUUUGCGCAUGAGAGAAAGAUGCCUCCUUGGCUUGUAGACCUUCUGAAAGAUGAAGGCCAGGUUGUCAAUGAUGGCGUUUUGCCUGUUCUAAGUCAGCUGCUGGAGCAAAGUCCAUCAACACAGUAUGCCUACCUGUGUCACCCUGCGGUACAACAUGUUUCUAAAUUGAGACGAGAAGGCGGUUUCUGUGGUUAUCGAAACAUCCAGAUGCUCACUUCAAACAUCAUCUCAGCCCAAAGAGAAGGCUCAAAUCACUUUGGACGCACGUUUCCUUCUAUCUUUCAGAUCCAAGAUCUCAUCGAGAAUGCUUGGGAUAUGGGUAUCAAUGCGCAAGGAAGGGCGGAGACAGGAGGCGUUAAGGGGACGAGAAAAUACAUUGGUACACCAGAGGCACAGGCUGUGUUUCUCAGCUUGGAGAUACCUUGCUCCGUUCAAGCAUUUAAGGAUCAGGAACGCGGCAAGUCGAAACAACGUCUCUUUGAAGCUAUCGAAGGAUACUUUCAGGGAGGUAUCACAAGCGUCGAAGACCGAAUUCAUCAUACGGAACUGCCACCGAUCUACCUACAACAUCCAGGACACUCGUUGACAAUUGUCGGUUUCGAGAAGCAAAUGGACGGCCAGGCGAAUCUGCUGGUAUUCGAUCCCAGUUUCCGUGAUUCUACCAAAAUUCGAAACCUUGUCGGCAGAACAUUUCGUCAGAAGCCCUCUUCAAUUGACGGUUUCUUGCAACCAUAUCGUCGUGGCUCCCACUACUUUCGCAAGUACAACCAGUAUGAAGUGCUCUAG